AUGUUUUAUGUUGAUUGGAAAAUGAAUACAAAUCAAAAACAAUGCUUAGUGUGCACAAGUGAUGUUGGCUCUGUACAAAACUUAAAAGAAGAAAUAUAUUUAUCCGAGGGUUAUUGUUAUUUAUUAUUAUUUAUUUGUUGUGACGGUUGGGAUUGUAAUAAUGAUGUUAUUAACGAUGAUGAUGAUGAACACAUGCAUAUGUGUGUUGAAAUUAUUAAAAAAGGUGAUAUGGUACAUUCUACUCUUUUUGGUAGAGUUACCAAUUGUUUUAAUUAUAAUUUGAUUGCAAAGAUUAUUCACCAACUUCUAAAUAUUUCAAUGUAUGAGGUAAAUUCUUAUAUUUAUAUAUAUACAAGUGAAUGCCGUGUGUGUAUGAAUAGAUUUGACUAG